AUGGAGGAUUUGAGAAAGGUUAGGAUGGUGUCAAGUGUAACUCCUUAUGGCAAAGGGGUUCACCCUAUUGUUGAGGGCUCAAACCUUGGUGUAGAGAUGUUUAUUGUUCCUAAAAGCAUAUGGCUAGUUCCCUAUCCCUAUAGUGUGCCUAUGCUCAUGCUCGACGACAUUAAUAGAGGUCCUAACAUAGUUUCUAGUGAAAAGAUCAAAGCUUUUGGCCGUGUUUUAAUGCUGAAAAAUCGUAUAGUCAUUACAAGCUCUUUUGAUGGAAAAAAAUUGGAAGAAUUGGUGGUGAAGGGAGUGAAAUUAGUGAAGGUGGUAGCUUUUAAGAUGUUGAAAAUAGAGGUGGAAGGGGUGGUAGAAGAGGAUCCGGUGGUAACAAAGUUGGGAGUUGGUGAUAGCUCAAACAACUUCAAGAUGGUGGAAAAGAAAAUGGUGGUAGCCUUUAAGUUGGUGAAAAUAGAGGUGGCUUUGAUGGAAUGA